AUGCUGAAGUCGACUUACACUCCGACUAACGCCUUACCGCCGGGAUGGACCGAGCAUAAGGCGCCCUCGGGGCAUCGAUAUUACUAUAAUGCAGAGACGAAGCAGUCAACGUAUAAACGGCCGGCUGAAGAAACACCCGUGCCAGUGGCGGUACCAGCUGCAUUGCCGUCAUACCCGCUACAAUUUCAACCACCCAGCCAUGGAACGCGAGGCUUUGACCCGAGCUUUCAAGGGCUCUCCCGGACUAAAGAGCCUUAUAGAAAACAUCAUCACCCCAAAGACCGACCGAAGUCCAAACAUUCAAUACCCGGAUGCGCUCCAUGGGUCCUGGUAAAGACAAAGUUGGGGCGUCGGUUUGUGCACAACCCAGAAACAAACGAGAGCUUUUGGAAAUAUCCUACGGAAGUGAUGAAGGGUGUUGUGGAAUACGACCGGGUCGAGCGAGAAGCUAAGGAAAGGCGUGAGAGGGGGAAAGAAGAGAUGCCGAUAGCAGCGGCCGAUACUGAACCGUCUGACAAGCGGGUGGAAGUAGUAUCAACACCUGGAGAAGUCGUUCCCGAGAGGAGAGAUUCCGAUAGCGAAUAUGAGGAAGUGGAAGUGACGGAUGAUGAAGAGAACGCUCCCUCAAAGAGGCUCAAGGCCGACGAGGAAAUUAACCAACAAGUCGAAUUUAACGAGGACGACAUCGAGUAUCAGCUGGCUGCCAUGGCAGGUGACUAUGAUGGUGACCCCGGCGACUACGAUGAGUAUGACGAGGCUGGCGAAGCCGACUGGCAAGAAAAUGCAGAGGAGCCACCACUCUCUGAAGAGGAUACCAACGUUCUGUUCCGUGACUUGCUUGACGACUUCAGGAUAAGCCCGUAUACUCCCUGGGAAAAUAUCAUUGAAGAAGGAAAGAUAGUUUUUGACCCGAGAUACACGGUCCUACCGAAUAUGAAAUCAAGACGGGAGGUUUGGUCUAAAUGGAGCCGUGACCGAAUACAUGAGCAUAAGGAACAGAAGAAAAAGGAACAACAGGCGAACCCUCGAAUUGGAUACUUUGCUCUUCUACAUGAAUAUGCUACUCCUAAACUCUACUGGCCUGAGUUUAAGCGCAAGUAUCGAAAGGAACCGGAGAUGAAAGAUAGCAGAAUACCGGAGAAAGAGAAAGAGAAGCACUACCGUGACCAUAUUACGAGGCUAAAACUGCCAGAGAGUACCCGAAAAUCCGAUCUCUCUUCGUUAUUGAAAUCUAUCCCGUUAUCGUCACUCAAUAUGUCAACUUCGAUCCACACUCUGCCCCAGCAAAUUCUUGCUGACCUCCGAUAUAUAUCCUUGCCCGCACAGACCCGGAAUGAGCUCAUUGGAUCUUAUAUCCUUACACUACCCCCUGCACCAGAGCAACAAGAUACCUUAGAUGAAGCCGAAAAAGCGGAACAGCUAAAGAAAGAGCAGGAACGGCGAAAGCGGGAGAAGGCCUUGCAUGACCGUGAAAUGAGAGUGCAAGAAGACAAGCGAAGACAGCACAGAGCUGUUAUGCAUGGCAAAGAUGCCCUUCGCCAGGAAGACGCUGAGAUUCAAAGAGCUAUGAAAGUAGGCAGGGAAGGUCUAAAGAGUUAUAUCGAUGACACCUAG